AUGGCUGCUCCAGUCAUUCCCAGUAGCUUUCAAAUUUACAACUCAUAUGUCGAAGAUCCCAAAUGGCAAAUCAAAUUCACCACGAUCUGGUGUUCUGGUCUGGCGCUGGCUGUGGCCGUUUCUGUUCCGAGCUUGAUUCUUGGUCUGAGGCAUGGGCGUUCCCUCAAGGGCAUCACUGGAAUAUCAGAGACCAAUGGAUAUCGGACCGCUCAUUCUGAAUCCGAUAGCAUAGAGCCUCCACCUACCCGUCGGAGAUUCCGCAGAUCAGUUGGAGCUUGGAAUGCUCUUAUCUCACCGGUGUACUGGUCUCCUCCGAAACUCGGACUCAAUCUUGGACAAAUCAUAGUCUUGUCGGCGUACCUUGCAGCUGUACUUGUCUGCAUCAUAAAGGAUGCACCUCUUAUUUCGAACCCAAACAGAGCUGGAUUUAUCGCUCUCGCACAGUUCCCGGUCGUCUUUUUGUUCGCAACAAAAAACUCAAUCCUGUCCUUACUGUUAGGACCAGGGAAUGGCUACGAGAAACUCAACUUUAUGCAUAGGAUGGCAGGAAGAGCUAUGUUCCUUGCCGGAUGCAUUCAUGGAUCCCUGUGGAUUCGCAACCACCUUCAGUAUGGACUUUCAGUUCUUGGUCCGCAGAAAGAGACUUCGGGAGUGGCUUCGUUGGCGCUGCUCUGCAUCAUUGUUCUUACGUCGUUGAGGCCAGUUAGGAGAUUGUUUUAUGAGUAUUUCUUCGUCAUCCACGUUUUGACAUAUGUGGCAUUCUUUGUAACUAUAUGCUAUCAUACUAUAUAUGCGUCACCGUGGAUAUUCCCUCCCCUCGCAUUCUAUGGUGCAGAUGUGUUAUUGCGCCUGUUCCGCUAUCGAAUCAAGGACGCCUCAUUAACUGCGCAGGACGCUCACAUGACUUUGAUCCGCGUUCAUAACUGCGAUGAUGGCUGGCUCGCUGGCCAGCAUGUCAGACUGCGCGUUUUCUUCUCCAACAGAGUGCUUGAAUCCCACGCCCUCACUAUUCUCUCCGCUCCACCUUCCAUUUCGUGCCUCUCCUCACCAGGACUCAUUCUCGCCGCACGAACUGAUGGAGAUUGGACUCGGGCAUUGAAUAACUACACCCGAAAGGAACAAGAACGUUUACAGAUCAAUGAGAAGUGCGAGGGUGAUUCAUCUGCGUUCGUUCAAGUCAUGCUAGAUGGUCCUUACGGGGGGUCAAGUGUCGAUCUGGGUCUAUACGAAAGCGUAUUGCUUAUAGCCGGCGGGUCUGGCAUCACAUUCACCCUUGGUCUGCUGGACGAUAUCAUCGGCAGGUGUGUCAAACUAGGCCGCAGUCAGGGAGAACGAACAAGGAGAAUCGAAUUCACUUGGUGCAUUAGAUCUUUCGGUCAGAUAGAAUGGUUUGCUCCGAUGCUGAUAGAUAUUGCUACAGCAGCAUCGAAUAGCGCCAUUGACCUGCACAUUUCUAUUUUCGUAACGUGCCUUUGCAAUCCUGAAGCGGUGCCUCAUAUCCCCAACUCCAUCGUCACACUCUCGCGUCCGUCUGUUCAGGAGCUUCUCAAGGACUUCAUCAGUCUUCCGCCUACGUCUGAAACGGAAGAUAUGAUCGAGACCCGAUUUGAUGAAACUAAGAAAUGGCAGUGUUCGGGUGGGGGAGUCGCGGUCUGUGCUAGUGGCCCGGAAAGCUUGACCAGGGAGGCACAGAAUGCAGUGGCGAGAUUAGGUAUGACCAUGAGUAUGGAUGUGGGCGGGAUUGCUCUACACACGGAACUGUUCACUUUGUAG